AUGUAUGAGGGAGCGGUCACAGGGGUCAGGACAUGUGACGGUAUCUCGAAUGACUUUUCUAUCAAAAUCGGACUACACCAAGGGUCAGCAUUGAGCCCGUAUCUGUUUGCGCUAGUACUGGACCAAGUCACAAAGGAUAUACAGGGGGAGAUCCCCUGGUGUAUGCUCUUUGCGGACGAUGUGGCACUUAUUGGGGAGUCCAAGCAAGAGAUAGAAGGUAAGCUUGAGUUGUGGCGCCAGACUCUGGAAUCGAAGGGCUUCAGACUCAGUAGAACAAAGACUGAGUAUCCGAAGUGGGACUUUGACGAAACCGGGUUGGAUGAUGGAGAAUUGUUACUUGACGGCCAGAUUGUACCAAGGAAAGAAUCCUUUCGAUAUAUGGGAUCCAUGAUCCAGAGUGAUGGGGACAUAAAGGAGGACGUUAGACACAGAUCCCAAUCAGGUUGGGCUAAAUGGAGACUGGUGACUGGAGUCCUCUGCGAUCGUAAGGUCCCAAUUAAACUGAAAGGAAAAUUCUACAGGACAGCAAUUAGACCCGCGAUGUUGUAUGGAGCGGAAUACUGGGCAACUAGAAGCGCGCACCUCAUGGCGCUCCAUGUGACGGAAAUGAGGAUGCUAAGGUGGGCAUGUGGACACAUAAGGCGCGAUAAAAUCAGAAAUGGUUGUGUCUAUAUGAAACUUUGGGUAGCACCAGUGAAGGAUAUAUUGUCCCAACAUCGGUUACGCUGGUUCGGGCAUCUCCAACGAAGACCACCGGACGCCCCAGUUCGGUUAGGACGCAUCACAGGGGCUGAAGGUAGAAUGAAGCGUCCAGGACGACCGAAACUAACAUGGGAUGAAUUGAUUAAAUGGGACUUGUCUGACCGAGGCUUGGAGAGAGAGUUGGCGCUUGACAGAAGUGUGUGGAAAGCAGCGAUCCAUGUGAAGGAGACAGCUGGUGUAAAAACUUUAGCAGCAUAUAUGGAGAUAAGAUCGUUACGCGGUUUAUCUUUGCUCGACCCAGUACUUGUUACUGGAAAACGAGCUCUGGUUCUGGUAGAGAAAUAUAGAACUACUAUAUUCGGAAUACAAGACAGUGAUAUCAGUGCUACAAACUGA